UAAGAUGAAUAAAAGAUAAGUUCUCAAAAUGUGAUAAUGUUGUUGGGACCUUGCAUGCCCUCUUUGCCUUGGAUCUGUUCUACCCACACCUAUCCAUUUACUCGCCCCUAAUGUCUCACGAUGACAAGCUUAUUUUAUUUACCUAUCUCUCAAAUGCCUUUGAAAAGACUCAAUAAAUAAAAUGCAUGAAGACUAGAUUCUAGAUGUUUGCUAAAUGCAUGGGCAAUAAGUCACCAUUCUAUUCCUAGCAAUGAUGACCUUAUGAUUUCUUGCCUUAUCUGUUCUGUUAGGAGUUACCCUCUCCCGAGCAACUUACCCCAAAAGAAAAUAAAGAUGAAAAUGCAAGAUAAAGUAGAGAAGAAAAUAGGUGUCUUGUUUGACAUGUGCAAAUGCCAAAGCACUAAACACCCUCAAGUUGGAAUAGUUUAUUGGUUUCUCACUCCAUACUUUCAUAGGUGUCUUAGAGUCUAGAGCAAACGAUGGACAUCUGUUUGUCAGAUACAUUGCAAUAUUUGUAGCUUCUCCCUAGAAACUUUUAGGCAGACCUACUCUUAAAAACAUGCACCUCACUCGUACCAAGAUGAUCUUUUUCAUUCUCUCAAUUAGGCCAUUUUGUUGAGGAGUUCUUGCUAUAGUCUUAUGUCUCUUAAUUCCUAGUUUUCUUCCAAACACAUUAAAUUGUUCUGAAACAAAUUCCAGCCCAUUGUCAGUUCUCAAAACUUUCAAUUUUGUUCCUUGCUAAUUUUCCCCAAGUGUGUAACACUCCUAGAACCUUUGAAAUGUUUCAGACUUAUUCUUCAAUAUAUAAAUUCACACUCUUUUAGAGAAAUUAUCAAUAAUUGCAAGAAAAUAGGAACCCCUCCAUGAAUCAUCACCCUUGAAGGACCCCAUAGGUUUGAAUGAACAUACUAAAAGGGCCUACUAGAAACAUGUGUACCAGUCCCAAACUUCACUCUAUGAGACUUACCCAAUAUACAAUGAUUACAAAAUUCUAAUUUAUCCAAUUUAUCACCAUUCAGCAGAUUUUGUUUUUACAGUUAGACCAAACCCCUUUCACUAACAUGACCUAGUCUUAGAAGCCACAAUUGUGUCUUAUCCUGUAACGUUUGACUAGCUACAAAUGCGUGAGCAAUAACAAUUGAGCCGUCCAGAAUAUGCAGACCAUUCAUUUUAACACCCUUAGCAACAAUUAAGGCUCCAUUUGAAAUCCUAAUCAGACCAUGUUCUAUUUUGGUAGAGUAUCUCAAAUAUCAAACAUGCUUAUUGACAAAAGAAUCCAUUUAGGCUCAGGAAGAUACCACAUAUCUUGCAACAACAUCUCUCGGUCAUCAAACAUCUUUAGUCUGACAGUACCCAUGCCAAUAUUAAUUUUAUGUCGUCCCCAAUAAGAGGAAAAAGUGGUAGCCACAGCAGGAAUCAAAGAAACAAGAAGAACGUGCCAAUUGCCAAGGGAGAAUGGACCCAAUUACUUCUGCCACUGCCCAAAGUGCACUGCAAAUUGCAGAACAUGUGGUCAAACGACAAGUGGGUUACAUAUUUAAUUACAAAGACAAAUUUAAAGAGGUGGAACAAUACAUUGAGAGGCUGGAUGAUACUAGGAAGAGGGUUCAAAAUGAAGUUAAUGAUGCAGAGAAGAACGGAGAAGAAAUUAACGAUGAAGUUCAACAUUGGUUAAAACAGGUGGAUGAGAAGAUAAAAAAAUAUGAGUGUUUUAUUGAUGAUGAACGCCAUGCACAGACAAGGUAUUCCAUUAGAUUGAUCUUUCCAAAUAACUUGUCAUUGAGGUAUCGGUUAGGCAGAAAAGCUACAAAGAUAGUAGAGGAAAUCAAAGCAGAUGGACAUUCAAAUAAAAAGUUUGAUAAAGUUUCAUAUCGGUUGGGCCCAUCCUCUGAUGCUGCUUUGUUAAACACUGGUUAUGUGAGCUUUGGGUCGAGAAAUGAAACUAUGGAGAAGAUUAUGAAAGCACUGGAAGACUCGACAGUUAAUAUUGUUGGAGUCUAUGGGGCUGGUGGUGUGGGUAAGACUACUUUAGUCAAAGAAGUUGCUAACAAAGCUCGAGAAAAGAAGUUGUUCAAUAUGGUGGUCAUGGCAAAUGUAACAAGAAUUCCUGACAUAGAAAAAAUUCAAGGACAAAUUGCUGAGAUGUUGGGAAUGAGAUUGGAAGAGGAAAGUGAAAUUGUAAGAGCAGAUCGCAUUCGAAAGAGGUUAAUGAAUGAAAAGGAGAAUACCCUUAUAAUCCUAGAUGAUCUCUGGGAUGGAUUGAACUUGAAUAUAUUGGGGAUUCCACGUAGUGAGGAUGAUGAUGGAAGCCAACAAGAUGUCAAUGAUUUAUCUGAUUUUGGUUACCAUAAGAUGGAAAAAGAAGUGUUUUCGGCCGAUUUCCAUACAAUGAAAAAAGACAAGUUAGCUGUCGAUUUCAAUACGAUGAAAAAAGGCAAAUUAUCUGUUGAUUCCAAUAUGAUAAAAAAAGAAAAGUUAUCUGGUGAUCACAAGGGAUGCAAAAUUCUUCUAACAUCCAGAAGUAAAGAAGUAAUAUGUAAUAAAAUGGAUGUGCAGGAGAGAUCAACUUUCUCGGUAGGAGUCCUUGAUGAAAACGAGGCAAAGAGUUUCCUUAAGAAAUUGGCGGGAAUACGUGCCCAAAGUUUUGAAUUUGAUGAGAAAGUCAUUGAAAUUGCCAAAAUGUGCGAUGGAUUGCCUAUGGCAUUAGUUUCCAUAGGAAGGGCUCUAAAGAAUAAAAGCUACUUUGUAUGGCAGGAUGUCUGUCAACGAAUUAAACGACAAAGUUUUACAGAAGGGCACGAAUCUAUCGAGUUCUCUGUAAAUUUGAGCUUUGAGCAUCUAAAAAAUGAGCAGCUGAAACAUAUUUUCUUACUGUGUGCUAGAAUGGGAAAUGAUGCUUUGAUUAUGGACUUGGUGAAGUUCUGUAUCGGGUUGGGUUUGCUUCAAGGGGUCCACACAAUUAGAGAAGCGAGAAACAAAGUAAAUAUGCUGAUAGAGGAGCUAAAAGAAUCAACUUUGUUGGUGGAAAGUCUCUCUCAUGACCGCUUCAACAUGCAUGACAUUGUGCGGGAUGUUGCUCUUUCAAUAUCAUCCAAAGAAAAACAUGUUUUUUUUAUGAAAAAUGGCAUAGUAGACGAGUGGCCUCACAAAGAUGAACUUGAAAGGUACACUGCUAUAUGUUUACACUUUUGUGAUAUCAAUGAUGGGCUUCCCGAGAGUAUACACUGUCCUAGACUUGAAGUCUUACAUAUUGACAGUAAAGAUGAUUUUUUGAAAAUACCAGACGACUUUUUUAAAGAUAUGAUUGAACUCAGAGUCUUGAUAUUGACUGGUGUUAAUCUUUCAUGCUUACCUUCUUCUAUUAAAUGCCUAAAAAAACUGAGAAUGCUUAGUUUGGAGAGAUGCACUCUAGGAGAGAACUUAUCAAUCAUUGGAGAGUUAAAGAAAUUACGAAUUCUUACUCUUUCAGGAUCUAACAUUGAAAGUUUGCCUCUAGAAUUUGGGCAAUUGGAUAAGCUGCAACUUUUUGACAUAAGCAAUUGCUCAAAACUAAGAGUAAUACCUUCCAAUACCAUAUCAAGGAUGAACAGUUUGGAAGAGUUUUACAUGAGAGACAGCUUGAUUCUGUGGGAGGCUGAGGAGAAUAUCCAAAGUCAAAAAGCUAUUCUUUCUGAGUUGAGGCACUUGAAUCAGUUGCAAAAUCUAGACGUACACAUUCAGAGUGUUUCCCAUUUUCCGCAGAACUUGUUUUUGGACAUGUUGGAUAGUUACAAGAUUGUCAUUGGUGAAUUCAACAUGCUUAAAGAGGGAGAAUUCAAAAUCCCUGACAUGUAUGACCAAGCGAAAUUUUUGGCAUUGAACCUAAAAGAAGGUAUUGACAUUCAUUCUGAAACAUGGGUUAAAAUGUUGUUCAAGAGUGUUGAAUAUUUGCUGCUGGGAGAACUCAAUGAUGUUCAUGAUGUUUUUUAUGAAUUAAAUGUUGAAGGAUUUCCAUAUUUGAAACAUUUAUCCAUUGUGAACAAUUUUGGUAUUCAAUAUAUUAUUAACUCAGUGGAGCGGUUUCACCCUUUACUGGCUUUUCCCAAAUUGGAGUCCAUGUGUCUUUACAAACUGGAUAAUUUGGAGAAAAUAUGUGGCAAUAAUCAUCUUGAAGAGGCUUCCUUUUGCAGAUUAAAAGUCAUCAAGAUUAAAACAUGUGAUAAAUUGGAAAACAUUUUCCCAUUUUUCAUGGUCGGACUUCUCACCAUGCUUGAAACAAUUGAAGUGUGUGACUGUGAUUCUCUGAAGGAGAUAGUUUCUAUUGAAAGACAAACGCAUACUAUCAAUGAUGACAAGAUUGAGUUCCCUCAAUUACGACUUUUAACAUUGAAAUCUUUACCAGCAUUUGCUUGUUUAUAUACCAACGACAAGAUGCCUUGUAGUGCACAAUCAUUGGAAGUCCAAGUGCAAAACAGAAACAAAGAUAUUAUCACUGAAGUUGAGCAAGGUGCCACUAGUUCUUGUAUAUCACUCUUCAAUGAAAAGGUUUCAAUUCCCAAAUUAGAAUGGUUGGAGUUAUCCUCAAUCAACAUCCAGAAGAUAUGGAGUGACCAAUCUCAGCAUUGUUUUCAAAAUUUGCUUACAUUGAAUGUGACAGAUUGUGGUGAUUUAAAAUAUUUACUGUCAUUCUCCAUGGCUGGAAGUUUGAUGAAUCUACAAAGCCUUUUUGUAAGUGCAUGUGAAAUGAUGGAGGAUAUAUUUUGUCCAGAACAUGCAGAGCAGAAUAUUGAUGUUUUUCCUAAGUUGAAGAAAAUGGAGAUCAUCGGCAUGGAGAAACUUAAUACCAUUUGGCAACCCCAUAUUGGUCUUCAUUCGUUUCACAGUUUGGACUCUUUGAUAAUAGGAGAGUGCCACAAACUUGUUACGAUUUUUCCUAGUUAUAUGGGGCAAAGAUUUCAGAGCCUUCAAAGCUUGACAAUUACAAAUUGCCAGUUAGUGGAAAACAUAUUUGACUUUGAAAUUAUUCCACAAACUGGUGUUAGGAAUGAAACAAACUUGCAAAAUGUAUUUCUAAAGGCCUUGCCAAAUUUGGUGCACAUAUGGAAGGAGGACAGCAGUGAAAUACUUAAAUAUAAUAAUCUGAAAAGCAUAAGCAUUAAUGAGAGUCCAAAUUUAAAACAUCUCUUUCCACUUUCUGUUGCCACUGACUUAGAAAAACUGGAAAUCCUUGAUGUAUACAAUUGCAGGGCAAUGAAGGAGAUUGUUGCUUGGGGCAAUGGUUCAAAUGAAAAUGCUAUCACGUUUAAGUUUCCUCAGCUAAACACUGUAUCAUUACAAAAUUCAUUUGAACUUAUGAGUUUCUACAGAGGAACUUACGCUUUAGAGUGGCCAUCGUUGAAGAAAUUGUCCAUACUCAAUUGUUUCAAGCUGGAAGGGCUCACUAAAGACAUCACAAACUCACAAGGGAAGCCAAUUGUGUCGGCUACAGAAAAGGUGAUAUACAACUUGGAAUCUAUGGAAAUCAGCUUGAAGGAAGCAGAGUGGUUGCAGAAAUACAUUGUCAGUGUUCACAGAAUGCACAAACUACAAAGACUUGUCUUGUAUGGAUUGAAGAAUACUGAAAUUCUCUUUUGGUUUCUUCAUAGACUUCCCAAUUUGAAAAGCUUAACAUUGGGGAGUUGUCAAUUGAAAAGCAUUUGGGCUCCUGCAAGCCUCAUUUCACGUGAUAAAAUAGGUGUUGUUAUGCAACUUAAGGAGUUGGAAUUAAAGAGUUUGUUGUCUUUAGAAGAGAUAGGAUUUGAGCAUCACCCACUUCUUCAGAGGAUAGAACGCUUAGUCAUUAGUCGAUGUAUGAAAUUGACAAAUUUAGCAUCAUCCAUAGUAUCUUACAAUUACAUAACACAUUUGGAAGUGAGAAAUUGUAGAUCGCUGAGGAAUUUAAUGACAUCCUCAACUGCUAAAAGCUUGGUUCAACUCACAACCAUGAAGGUAUUCUUAUGUGAAAUGAUUGUGGAAAUCGUUGCAGAAAAUGAAGAGGAAAAAGUACAAGAGAUUGAGUUUAGACAAUUAAAAUCUUUAGAAUUGGUGUCUCUAAAAAAUCUCACAAGUUUUUGCAGUUCCGAGAAGUGUGACUUCAAAUUCCCAUUACUGGAAAGUUUAGUAGUGAGUGAGUGCCCUCAAAUGAAAAAAUUCUCUAGAGUCCAAAGUGCUCCAAACCUUAAAAAAGUACAUGUUGUAGCUGGAGAAAAAGACAAAUGGUAUUGGGAAGGUGAUUUGAAUGGCACUCUACAAAAACAUUUCACAGAUCAGGUUUCUUUCGAAUAUUCAAAGCAUAAGAGACUUGUUGAUUAUCCUGAGACCAAGGGUUUUCGGCACGGCAAACCUGCUUUUCCGGAGAACUUCUUUGGCUGUUUGAAGAAAUUGGAAUUUGAUGGAGAAAGUAUAAGACAGAUUGUAAUUCCAUCUCAUGUACUUCCUUACUUGAAGACCUUAGAAGAAUUGUAUGUACAUAGCUCCCAUGCAGUGCAGAUAAUAUUUGACACCGUUGACAGUGAGGCAAAGACCAAGGGUAUAGUCUUUCGUUUGAAAAAACUUAUUCUAGAAGACUUGUCAAAUUUGAAAUGUGUAUGGAACAAAACCCCCCAAGGAAUUCUCAGCUUUUCCAAUUUGCAAGAUGUGAAUGUUACUGAAUGUAGAAGCCUGGCAACAUUGUUCCCUUUGUCCCUUGCCCGAAAUCUUGGGAAGCUUAAGACCCUUCACAUAUUUAGCUGUCAAAAGUUGGUAGAAAUUGUUGGAAAGGAAGAUGUGACGGAACAUGCAACAACUGAAAUGUUUGAAUUCCCUUCUUUGUGGAAGUUGAUUCUUUUAAAUCUGUCACUGCUUAGUUGCUUUUAUCCUGGAAAAUACCAUAUAGAAUGCCCCAUAUUAGAAAACUUGUAUGUGUCCUAUUGUCCUAAGUUGAAGCUAUUCACAUCAGAAUUUCGAGAUAGUCCCAAACAAGCAGUUAUAGAGGCUCCAAUUAGCCAACUACAACAACAACCUUUGUUCUCGGUUGAAAAGAUUCCAAUCAAUCUGAAGGAAUUGACACUCAAUGAGGAAAAUAUUAUGUUGUUGAGCGAUGGACAUUUGCCACAAGACCUCCUUUUCAAAUUAAGAUCUCUUCAUCUAUCCUUUGAGAAUGAUGACAAUAAGAAAGACACUUUGCCUUUUGAUUUCCUUCAGAAGGUACCCAGCUUAGAACAUCUUCUAGUGCAAAGGUGCUAUGGUCUGAAGGAGAUAUUUCCCUCUCAGAAACUCCAAGUUCAUGACCGUUCACUUCCCGCAUUGAAACAAUUAAUCCUGUUAAGUCUUGGAGAGCUGGAGUCGAUAGGGUUAGAGCACCCAUGGGUUCAGCCAUACUCUCAAAAGCUUCAAUUAUUAAAUCUUAUCAACUGUUCUCAGUUAGAAAAACUAGUGAGCUGUGCAGUGUCUUUCAUCAAUCUGAAACAGUUGGAAGUGAAGUGCUGUAAUAGGAUGGAGUAUUUAUUGAAAUUCUCAACUGCCAAAAGUUUGUUGCAACUUGAGAGGCUAUCUAUAAGAGAAUGUGAAUCAAUGAAGGAAAUAGUAAAAAAAGAAGAAGAAGAUGGUUCUGAUGAGAUCAUAUUUGGACGCCUCAGAAGAAUAAUGUUGGAUUCAUUACCAAGGCUAGUAAGGUUUUAUUCAGGGAAUGCCACUUUGCAUUUCAAGUGUUUGGAAGAAGCCACGAUUGCAGAAUGCCAGAAUAUGAAAACAUUCUCAGAAGGAAUUAUAGAUGCGCCAUUAUUAGAGGGGAUUAAAACUUCAACAGAUGAUACUGAUCACUUAACCUCCCACCAUGAUCUCAACACGACAAUCGAGACCUUGUUUCACCAACAGGUAUUUUUUGAAUAUUCAAAGCAUAUGAUCCUUCUCGAUUACCUUGAGGCAACGGGUGUUAGGCACGGCAAGCCUGCUUUUCUGAAGAAUAUCUUUGGCAGUUUAAAGAAAUUAGAAUUUGAUGGAGCCAUUAAAAGAGAGAUUGUAAUUCCAUCUCAUGUACUUCCUUACUUGAAGACCUUAGAAGAAUUGAAUGUACAUAGCUCCGAUGCAGCGCAGGUAAUAUUUGACAUAGAUGACACUGAUGCCAACCCCAAGGGAAUGGUCCUUCCAUUGAAAAAUCUUACUCUAAAACGCUUGCCUAAUUUGAAAUGUGUAUGGAAUAAAACCCCCCAAGGAAUUCUCAGCUUUUCCAAUUUGCAAGAUGUGGAUGUUACUGAAUGUAGAAGCCUGGCAACAUUGUUCCCUUUGUCCCUUGCCCGAAAUCUUGGGAAGCUUAAGACCCUUCAAAUAUUUAUCUGUCAAAAGUUGGUAGAAAUUGUUGGAAAGGAAGAUGUGACGGAACAUGCAACAACUGUUAUGUUUGAAUUCCCUUCUUUGUGGAAGUUGCUUCUUUGUAAGCUGUCACUGCUUAGUUGCUUUUAUCCUGGAAAACACCAUCUGGAAUGCCCCUUCUUAACAAGCUUGCGUGUGUCCUAUUGUCCUAAGUUGAAGCUAUUCACAUCAGAAUUUCGAGAUAGUCCCAAACAAGCAGUUAUAGAGGCUCCAAUUAGCCAACUACAACAACAACCUCUGUUCUCGGUUGAAAAGAUUGCAAUCAAUCUGAAGGAAUUGACACUCAAUGAGGAAAACAUUAUGUUGUUGAGCGAUGGACAUUUGCCACAAGACCUCCUUUUCAAAUUAAGAUCUCUUCAUCUAUCCUUUGAGAAUGAUGACAAUAAGAAAGACACUUUGCCUUUUGAUUUCCUUCAGAAGGUACCCAGCUUAGAACAUCUUUUUGUUCUAAGUUGCUAUGGUCUGAAGGAGAUAUUUCCCUCUCAGAAACUCCAAGUUCAUGACCCUUCACUUCCCGGAUUGAAACAAUUAAUCCUGUUAGAUCUUGGAGAGCUGGAGUCGAUAGGGUUAGAGCACCCAUGGGGUAAGCCAUACUCUCAAAAACUUCAAUUAUUAAUGCUUUGGAGGUGCCCUCAGUUAGAAAAACUAGUGAGCUGUGCAGUGUCUUUCAUCAAUCUGAAAAAGUUGGAAGUGACGUACUGUAAUAGGAUGGAGUAUUUAUUGAAAUGCUCAACUGCCAAAAGUUUGAUGCAACUUGAGAGCCUAUCUAUACGAGAAUGUUUUGCAAUGAAGGAAAUAGUAAAAAAAGAAGAAGAAGAUGGUUCUGAUGAGAUCAUAUUUGGAGGCCUCAGAAGAAUAAUGUUGGAUUCAUUACCAAGGCUAGUAAGGUUUUAUUCAGGGAAUGCCACUUUGCAUUUCAAGUGUUUGGAAGAAGCCACGAUUGCUGAAUGCCAGAAUAUGAAAACAUUCUCAGAAGGAAUUAUAGAUGCGCCAUUAUUAGAGGGGAUUAAAACUUCAACAGAUGAUACUGAUCACUUAACCUCCCACCAUGAUCUCAACACCACAAUCCAGACCUUGUUUCACCAACAGGUAUUUUUUGAAUAUUCAAAGCAUAUGAUCCUUGUCGAUUACCUUGAGACAACGGGUGUUAGGCACGGCAAACCUGCUUUUCUGAAGAAUUUCUUUGGCGGUUUAAAGAAAUUAGAAUUUGAUGGAGCGAUUAAAAGAGAGAUUGUAAUUCCAUCUCAUGUACUUCCUUACUUGAAGACCUUAGAAGAAUUGAAUGUACAUAGCUCCGAUGCAGCGCAGGUAAUAUUUGACAUAGAUGACACUGAUGCCAACACCAAGGGAAUGGUCCUUCCAUUGAAAAAGCUUAUUUUAAAAGACUUGUCAAAUUUGAAAUGUGUAUGGAACAAAACCCCCCGAGGAAUUCUCAGCUUUCCCAAUUUGCAACUAGUGUUUGUUACUAAAUGUAGAAGCUUGGCAACACUGUUCCCUUUGUCCCUUGCCAGAAAUUUUGUGAAACUUAAGAGACUUAUUGUGGAGAGGUGUGAAAAGUUGGUAGAAAUUGUUGGAAAGGAAGAUGCAAUGGAACAUGGAACAACUGAAAUAUUUGAAUUCCCUUGUUUGUGGAAGUUGUUUCUUUAUAAGCUGUCACUGCUUAGUUGCUUUUAUCCUGGAAAACACCAUCUGGAAUGCCCCGUAUUAAAAUGCUUGGAUGUGUCCUACUGUCCUAAGUUGAAGCUAUUCACAUCAGAAUUUCAUAAUAGUCGCAAAGAAGCAGUUAUAGAGCAACCUCUUUUCAUGGUUGAAAAGGUUGAUCCCAAACUGAAGGAAUUGACACUCAAUGAAGAAAACAUUAUCUUGUUGAGGGAUGCACAUUUGCCUCACGACUUCCUUUGCAAAUUAAAUAUUCUUGAUCUGUCCUUUGAUGAUUAUGAGAAUAAGAAAGAUACUUUGCCUUUUGAUUUCCUUCACAAGGUACCCAGUGUAGAAUGUCUUCGAGUGCAAAGAUGCUAUGGUCUCAAGGAGAUAUUUCCCUCUCAAAAGCUCCAAGUUCAUCACAGAAUACUUGCACGAUUGAAUGAAUUAUACUUAUUUAAACUAAAAGAGUUGGAGUCGAUAGGGUUGGAGCACCCAUGGGUAAAGCCAUACUCUGCAAAGCUUGAAACAUUAGAAAUUCGCAAAUGCUCUCGGUUAGAGAAAGUAGUGUCUUGUGCAGUAUCUUUCAGCAGUCUCAAAGAGUUGCAAGUGAGUGAGUGUGAAAGGAUGGAGUAUUUAUUCACAUCUUCAACUGCCAAAAGUUUGGUGCAACUUAAGAUCCUAUAUAUAGAAAAAUGUGAAUCAAUAAAAGAAAUAGUAAGAAAAGAAGAUGAAAGCGAUGCUUCUGAAGAGAUGAUAUUUGGACGGCUCACAAAAUUAAGGUUGGAGUCCUUAGGAAGGCUAGUAAGGUUUUAUUCAGGGGAUGGCACCUUGCAAUUCUCAUGUUUGGAAGAAGCCACCAUAGCUGAAUGCCCCAAUAUGAAUACUUUCUCUGAAGGAUUCGUAAAUGCGCCAAUGUUUGAGGGGAUUAAAACUUCAAGGGAGGAUUCUGAUUUAACAUUCCACCAUGAUCUCAACUCCACAAUCAAGAUGUUGUUUCACCAACAGGUGGAAAAGUCUGCAAGCGAUAUAGAGAAUUUGAAAUUCGGUGAUCACCAUCACCUAGAAGAGAUAUGGCUUGGUGUAGUUCCAAUCCCAAGUAACAAUUGUUUCAACAGUUUGAAAUCUUUAAUUGUGGUGGAAUGUGAAUCUUUAUCCAAUGUGAUUCCUUUUUAUUUACUUCGAUUUCUAUGUAACUUGAAAGAGAUCGAGGUAAGCAACUGCCAAUCUGUUAAGGCAAUAUUUGAUAUGGAAGGUACAGAGGCAGAUAUGAAACCAGCAUCUCAGAUUUCUCUUCCUUUGAAGAAACUGAUUCUGAAUCAGUUGCCAAAUCUGGAGCAUAUCUGGAAUCUGAAUCCUGAUGAAAUUCUUAGCUUUCAAGAAUUUCAAGAAGUGUGCAUUUCUAACUGUCAAAGUCUCAAAAGUUUGUUUCCAACAUCAGUGGCCAGUCAUCUUGCUAUGCUUGAUGUGAGAUCUUGUGCAACACUGGAAGAAAUUUUUGUAGAAAAUGAAGCAGUCAUGAAGGGAGAAACUAAACAGUUCAAUUUCCAUUGUCUGACCACAUUAACAUUAUGGGAAUUACCAGAGCUGAAGUAUUUCUACAAUGGAAAACACUUGCUAGAAUGGCCAAUGCUAACACAACUAGAUGUAUAUCAUUGUGACAAGUUGAAAUUGUUUACAACUGAGCAUCAGAGUGGUGAAGUUGCAGAUAUAGAGUACCCACUUUGUACUUCAAUUGAUCAGCAAGCCGUUUUCUCAGUUGAAAAGGUUUUUCCAAACUUGGUGCAACUAUCACUCAAAAAGGAAGAUGCCAUAGGAAUUUUGCAAGGACAGUUUCAGGUCAUGCCUAGCUUGGAGCAUCAAGCAAAUACUUGCAAAGACAAUAUGAUUGGACAAGGACAAUUUGUUGCAAAUGCGGCACAUCUCCUGCAACAUUUAAAAGUUCUCAAAUUGAUGUGCUACCAUGAGGAUGAUGAGUCAAAUAUAUUCUCCAGUGGAUUACUUGAAGAGAUAUCCAGCAUUGAAAAUCUUGAAGUGUUCUGUAGUUCCUUCAAUGAAAUAUUCUCCUGUCAGAUGCCUAGCACCAAUUAUACCAAAGUCCUUUCAAAGCUGAAAAAAUUACACUUGAAGAGUCUCCAACAGCUGAAUUCCAUAGGAUUAGAACACUCAUGGGUGGAACCCUUACUUAAAACACUAGAAACAUUGGAAGUGUUUUCUUGCCCUAGCAUGAAAAUUUUGGUGCCGUCAACCGUGUCUUUUUCAAAUCUUACCUCAUUGAAUGUUGAAGAAUGCCAUGGAUUGGUAUAUUUGUUCACAUCCUCAACAGCCAAAAGGCUAGGUCAACUGAAGCAUAUGUCCAUACGGGAUUGCCAAGCAAUACAGGAAAUAGUGUCCAAAGAGGGAGAUCAUGAAUCCAAUGAUGAAGAGAUAACAUUUGAGCAGCUCCGUGUUUUGUCUCUGGAAUCUUUACCAAGCAUAGUAGGAAUUUACUCAGGGAAGUACAAGUUGAAAUUCCCAUCCUUGGAUCAAGUGACUUUAAUGGAAUGCCCUCAAAUGAAAUAUUCUUAUGUACCUGAUUUGCAUCAAUUCAAGCCUCUUGAGCAAAUUUAAUUGGAAGAGCAGAAGUUUUAGGGAAUCCAUCAUGCAGUACUCAUUAUACAGUCACAAUGACAGUAGUGGGUGAACGUUGGGAAUUCUUCUUCCCGUAUGAUGUUGAUGCAUCAUGGGACGGAAUCUUCCACCUUAGGCUUUGUUGGGAAGGACUACUCUGAUGGAUCAUGGUGCUACUCUUCUUUUUCCUUCUCUUUCAUCUCAUUCCAGUGGUAUUGUCGUAGUAAUUAACAGUUAUAUAUGGCCAGCCUGGGAAGUGUUUAUGUUGUUAGCCCCACUCCUUGUUUUGGAUGUUUACAUGGAUUUUUAUGUAUUUAUUUUGGGCAGCCACAUAUAUUUUAUUUACUAGUUUUCGUUCUUAUGUUUAGAGUUUGAAUCAUGUUGUUGGUUUUAUAUUGGUCAUGAAACUUAUGGCAUAUGUGUAGACUUACUUUAUGUACGUUUGAGGUUUAUUUGCAGAUGUUGUAUGCAGUUGCUUCCUUA